AUUAAACUCCUCUCUCAUCUCUUUCCUGCAUUAGAAGCCAUGGCUGCUGCAAAUCCAGCAAAAACUCUCCAGGAUGAAGUGACCUGUCCCAUCUGUCUGGAGUAUUUUAAAGAUCCGGUGUCUCUAGACUGUGAUCACAAUUUCUGCCGAGCCUGCAUCACUCAGUGCUGGGGGGAAUUUGAUACAGAUGUCUCCUGCCCUCAGUGCAGAGAGAUCUUUCCCCAGAGGAACCUCAGGCUGAACAGGCAGCUCAGGAAUAUUGUGGAAGUAGCCAGAGAACUCAGGUUGCAGACAGGAAAGGAACCAGAACCAGUGAGACUGUGUGAGAAACACAAGGAGCCUCUAAAACUGUUCUGCAAAGAGGACGAAAUCCCCAUCUGCCUGGUGUGUGACAGAUCCAAGGAGCACAGAGAUCACACCGUGAUUCCUGCAGAGGAAGCUGCCGAAGAAUUCAAGGAAAAGAUUCAGGCCCAUUUGAAGACUCUGAGGGAAGAGAGAGAAAAGCUGCUGGGAUGUAAAGUGAGUGUAGAGACGAGAAGCCAGGAAUAUCUGAGAAAGACACUAACCAAGAGGCAGAAGAUUGUGUCUGAAUUUCAGCAACUGCGGCAAUUCCUGGAGGAACAAGAGCGACUCCUGCUGGCCCAGCUGGCAGAGCUGAAUGAGGAGAUCGUGAAGAUACAGAAUGAAAAUAUCACCAAACUCUCGGAGGAGAUUUCCUGUCUCAGUGAGCUGCUCAGUGAGAUGGAGGGGAAGUGUCAGAAGCCAACAAGUGAAUUCCUGCAGGAUGUCAGAAGCACCUUGAGCAGGUGUGAGAAGGGGAAGUUCCAACAGCCAGAGGAGAUUUCUCCUGAACUGGAAGAGCGAGUCAGUGGUUUCUCCCAGAAAACUAUUGCGCUAUUGGAGACUGUGAGGAAGUUCAAAGACACUCUGCCGUCUGCACUGGCGACAAAAAGAGGUAGGUUAAUGGGAUCGUUCAGACAGGUGAACGUGACUCUGGAUCCAGACACGGUUCAUCCCCAACUUGUCCUGUCUGAGGAUUGGAAAAGCGUGAGAUGGGAAGAAACAUGGCAGGAUCUGCCUGACAGUCCUGAAAGAUUUGACACUGAGCCCUGUGUACUGGGCUGUGAGGGAUUCACCUCUGGGAGACAUUGCUGGGAGGUGGAGGUGGGUGGUGGGGGAGGCUGGUUUGUGGGGGUGGCCAGAGAGUCUGUGAGGAGGAAGGGACAGAUCAGCCCUGAGGAGGGGAUCUGGGCUGUGGGGUAUGUGUUGGAUCAGUUCUGGGCUCUCACCUCCCCUGCAACCCUCCUGCCCCUGAGCCGGUUCCCCAGCAGGAUCCGGGUUUGUCUGGACUGUGACCGGGGGCAGGUGACAUUUAUUGGUGCUGGUGACGAGGCCCCGAUCUUCACUUUCCCGCCAGGCUCCGUCCCUGGGCAAAGAAUCCGACCCUGGCUCUGGGUGCUGGGGGUAGGAUCCCAGCUCCACCUGUGUCCCUGA